AUGGAGAACGAGUCGUCUGUUAUUCGCCUACGACGAAAACUCAGUGAAUUAUCACAAGAAUAUUCAAAAGAAAAACAAGUUCAACCACGAAGUAAAUCUGCUAAUGGACGACUUCCCGUCCCAGAUCAAAAUGCUAGUUUUCGUUAUCGACGAAUGAGACGAAAAGUUGAUGUUCUUCGUACACAAAUUGAUGCUGUCAUAGAUGAUAAUCAUCUUACAACAACUGAUAUUAAUAAUUCACAAAAAGAAAUGAUUCCAACACGUGAUAAUAAUGAUGUAUCAUUAAAAAAGAAACUGAUAAUAAGUGAUGAUCAAAAUCUUGUCACAAGUGAACUUAUUCAAGUACUACAUAGUAAACAAACAAGAAUUGAUGAACUCGAACAACGUUUAAAACAAGUUGAAGAACAAGAAUCUCAAUGGAAGAUAAAAUAUGAACGUGAAUGUAAUCGUUGUGAAUUAUUACAAACAAGAAUUAUUGAACUUGAACAAGAAUUAUUAAAUAGAAAAUAUCAAUCGAAAAUUCUUGGUCAAUUACAAACAGAUGUUAAACGACUUCAUUCAGCUUUUGAUGCCUUAGAAGUAGAAAAUACUCAACUUAAUGUUCAAUUGUCAUUUUCACGUAAUACACAUCUAUCAUCACAACUUGAUAAAUUUCGACAUGAAUUAGCACAUACAUGUCAUGAAUCAUUAUGCUAA